AUGGGUCUGUGCAGCGAGGAAAGAGUGCUCAGGCACGCACUCGUCAAGUUCUUCCAGAAACCACUGUUGUUGCUCCUGCUGGUUGUGGCGGCGCUGGCCGAGCCAAUCCAGGUGCACGAGGAGCCGGACGAGAAGCCCGUGGAGAAGCGCGGCCUGAGCGCCGACGAGCAGAACGCGGUGGGCGACGUGGGCUUCGCGGGCACGGCGGGCGGCGAGGGCCUGGGCAAGACGGUGGAGAAGCUGCGGCCGUACGCGGUGCCCGUGGUGAAGGUGGUGCGCGUGCCGGUGGCGGCGCCGGUGCCCGUCGCCGUGCCGCACGCCGUGCUGGUGCCCGUGCCGCAGCCCGUGCCCGUCCACAUCCGCGUGCCGCUGCCCGUCCAUGUGCCCGUGCUGCGGCAGGUGCACGUGCCCGUCGAGAAGCACUACCCCGUCGAGGUCGAGAGGAAGGUGCCGUACGCGGUGGACAAGCCGGUGCCGAUCGCGGUGGCGCGCCACGUGCCGGUGCCCGUGCCGCAGCCCUUCCCCGUGCACGUGCCCGUCUACAAGCACAUCUACCACAUCCCCAAGCACCACGAGCCGGUGCUCCACCACGCACCGCACCACCACCACUGA